CAGACAACGUCAGCAAAAAGUUAUUUACCCGACCAAUAAUAUUUAUUUGGAGUCUCCCACAGCCGCACCUUUCACAUACAUCCAUACGUAAACCACGUACAAUGCCAGUUUACCUGAUCUCGAAAGCUGCAGACCCGCUCUUCGCGUUGGCAAUCGGCUCAUCGGCGGCGCUGCUUCGCAUUAAACGCGAAGAGAAGGAGAAGAAUCCAGACUCGGCGGCAGAGAUUGGAUAUGGAACUGUUCUGGGGACUGGUGGUGAGAGAUUAAAGAGAUGGUGGAAUGGGGAGUUUGAUGGUUCUGUUCCCGGUGGUGCAGAUGCUGCUAAUAUUGCUCCAAAACAGUGAUUAUUCUGUUUUUGCUGCAGUUCUGAUGUAAUUUACGUUAUGAUUGCUUUCUUCGCUUCUGUUGGGUUCGUUCUGAGUCAAGGUUUAGUGUCUUGUAUAUAAGAAUCAUCUGAUAAACUCUACGAGAAUUUAAAGUCUCUACUGGUA